CUGAGCUACAUUCACAAUCACAACGUAAGACGUUUGUUUGGGAAUUUAAUCCCUAGGCGUUUAUUUCGGCGUAAUUUCGGUCUUUUGAUGCUACAUUCGUGUCAUUUCUUGAAACUACUCACACAUCUCACCUCUGACUGACAGCUGCUCAUACAGAGACUCCCGCCCCACAUAGUUUGGAGACGCACUUGUAGCUGAGGAUGGCUUCCCGUGGCAAAUCAGAAACCAGCAAAUUAAGGCAGAAUAUGGAAGAGCAACUUGACAGACUGAUGCAGCAGCUCCAGGAUCUGGAGGAAUGCAGAGAAGAGCUGGAUGAGGAAGAGUACGAGGAGACGAAGAAGGAAACGUUGGAACAGCUCGGCGAAUUCAACGACUCCCUGAAGAAGAUCAUGUCCGGAGACAUGACGCUCGUGGACGAACUUAGCGGGAUGCAGCUUGCGAUCCAGGCUGCGAUCAGCCAAGCUUUCAAAACCCCGGAGGUGAUCCGGCUUUUUGCCAAGAAGCAGCCGGGACAGCUGAGGACCCGACUCGGAGAGAUGGACCGAGACGUGAUGGUGGGGAAGCUGUCGCGGGACGUGUACACUCAGCAGAAAGUGGAGAUCCUCAUGGCCCUGCGAAAGCUGGGAGAGAAGCUCACUCCGGAGGAUGAGACGUUCCUCACUGAAAACGCCACAGCGACUCUGAGCCAGUUUGAAAAAGUAACUGCAAACAUGGGCUCUGAAGACAAAAUUCUGGCUUUAGCCAGCUCUGGUGUGAAAACGAAGGCGUAGCAACUUCACAAAGUGUUCAUUUCAAAUCCGUCUUUGUUCACACUG